GACUCUCUCUCUCUCUCUCUCUCUCUCUCUCAUCAUCUUGCGUGUAUCUUCUAUGUUCUAUCUCUAUAUAUAACAACAGCCACUAACAUGAAGACGUCAAACUAUCUCUCUUUAGAUCUCAGGAACAAGAACAAAUACUAUACUCUAGUAAUCUUCACCAAGAAUCAUAUACCAACACACAUAGUAUUCUUCUUGGAAAGCAAGAAACAUGAAUCGAGAAGCUGCGAGUAACCUUGAACUUGAUUUGAAAUUAAACAUUUCACCAUCGUUGGAUUCUUCUUUGCUGACUGAUAGCUCAUCAUCAUCGUCGUUAUGCUCGGAGGAAGCUGAGGGUGGAGGAGGAGAGGCUAAAUCAAUGGUGGUCGUUGGUUGCCCUAAUUGCAUCAUGUACAUCAUCAUCUCUUUAGAAAGUGAUCCUAGAUGCCCUAGAUGCAACAACCAUGUUUUGCUUGAUUUUCUCACCGGAAACCAUAGCAAGAAGAGCACUAAUUAAGAAAAUAUAUAUCAAAUUAAGAAUGUUAUUUUUUUGUUGUUCUUCUUAAUUUGUUGCCACAUUUAUUGAUAGUUUGAAUUAAUCUAUAAUGAACGGCGGCUAUGUUCAUAGAAUCCAAAUAUACACUUUGAUUCUGUAAAAUAAAUCAUUAGUAUUAAAUUAA